GAUGUCAGAAAUUCAACUACGUGAGCUUGUUUUCGGAGAGGCAAUUGGAAGAGGCUCCUUUGGAUUCGUCUGUAAAGGAACCUAUAAUGGCGAUGUGGUUGCUAUUAAAACCGUAGAGGGGACAACUGAGAAGAAGGAUAUUGAACGCGAGGUAUUUUAUUUGGCAAUGGUCGAUCAUAGGAACAUCAUCAAAUUAAAGGGUAUAGCGACCGAUAACAUAAAAACCCACUUAGUUAUGGAAUAUGCCGAAGGCGGAAGCUUGUGGUCCUUCUUACACGAAAGCGAGACGACAUAUACACUUGCACAAGGUAUAAGCUGGUUACGUCAGGCUGCGGAAGGACUCGCUUAUCUACAUCAGCUAACACAGAGAUCGGUUAUUCAUCGUGAUGUGAAGCCCCUCAAUAUGUUGCUAGACGGCACAAAAAGCACUUUGAAACUUUGCGAUUUCGGGUUUGUCAGAAAUGUGCAAACCCAAAUGACAAGUAGACUGGGUACUUGCUUGUAUAUGGCACCCGAGGUUUUCAAUGGUCAACGAUACACUGAGAAAUGUGAUGUUUAUAGCAUGGGCAUUACAAUCUGGGAAGUUCUGUCGCGUAAGAAGCCGUACUAUGAACAAGAUGGCCUUAAACCAGUCAAACUCUUAAGACAAAUUGAUGAUCACGGGUUACGGCCCUCACUAAAAGAUUUAAUUUUUGAGUGUCCUGAGCAAAUACAAACUCUGAUGCAAGAAUGUUGGGAUAAGAACCCCGAGAAGCGUCCCUCCAUGCAGGGUAUUGUGGAAAUCUUAAAACAGUUCUAAGCAACUUUCAGGAGUUGACAGUAAUUACUAAAACAUUUAAUCCAUAUGUGUGAGCUAUUUAAAUAAAGGAU